UAAUAGUCAGUCCAAAACCUGACAAUGUGAUUUUCAAUACACUGGUACGUGUCUAAGUCUAAAUGAGUAAUUCUGAACCGGUUUCAUGUGCUUGCUUUGGUUUAAAAAAUCCUCCAGUUUUAUUAUUGACUCAACAAAGUCUCAAAAUGGGACUGAUGAAAUUAUCACGUUUCAAAUCUCAAACGAUCUGCAUCGCUCUUUGACCUCAACACUUCUUCCUUCCUGGUUUGAUAGAUUCUCUCCACAGCGGCCCGAUUCCUCUCCAUGUAGAUCUUUCUCAGCUCUGCAUCAUCAAUAACUUCAAAGAAACAAAAGCAGCUAAAUUAGGCCCGCCACUUUCUCCUGUCAUGACUAAUGAGCUCUCCCUUCGCUUGUGUAUUAGUCUCGCUCCGCUGUGGCCGUACCCCGGGGAACGGGCCACCGCUGUGCCUUCCCAUGAGCAGGUAAGCCUGAACAGAUGACACGGCAACAGAAUGGAAAUAGAAACAAUCGGGAUCUAUUUGGGUUUAGUUUGAGCCUCACGCACAGGGUUGUACUCGCUUGCAAGCAGAUGCAUCCAGUUAACCCUUUACUGGAGCAUUCAGCAACUGGUAUCGCUGUGUUUGGUUGACCUCAUUGUUGUGUUUUUUAUGAUCCUGUCUUCAACAGAAGUAGCAUAAAAAUAUUGAAUUUCGUGAAGUUAAAUUUCAUAGAUACUUACCGUAUAUUGUGUAUCUGUCAGUAUGUUUAUGUGCACUUACUACAGAAAAAAAACAUGUAACGGGGGGAACUAAAAAAGAGUUUGCCACAGUGUUGGACAACCACAGCGACGUGUUGAACUCCUUAUGGUUAUGAAAAGUAUCUCUCUGAUUGGCAGGAUCAUCUUCCACAGCUUUUGGCAGCAGGGAUGUGACUGAUUUGUACUAUCAUUAAAUAGUGUACACCCAGGGUUCUAAAAAUACACAAUGAUGAGAUCAUAUACUUAGAGAGAGAGAGAGAUAGAGAGAGAGAGAGAGAGAUACUAUGAUUAUAGGCUUUUGUCACAGGAAAGAAAUGGUUAUUUGUCAGCACCACGUCAAAAGAGGCCGCAAGAGAAAUCAACACUUCGACUGGCCAACGAGACCCAGCCUUAGUUUAGCUUACAUCACUCUUUUCCCAAACCAAUUGCAUUAUUAUUGAAGGAGUAAACUGACAUGUGUUAUUUAAAUGUUUUGCCAUCAAUGCAAUAGACAACACCAACUUAGGGGUUUGAGUCUCAAACUAAAGAUAUAUUUGUCGAUGAAUCCAAGCUAAUGCAUGAGAAGCAGGCGGAAAUUAAAUACUCUUUGGGUGGCUCUCUGUCUGGGACUCCCUCAUAAGCCACACUCACAAGCCUGUCUGCUGUUUGUGUCAGUAUCACUUGACACCAGCAGUGAACUAAGUUGCCUGUGAAAUAAGAAUAUAAAAAAGUAUCACAAGAGAGAUGUAUUGCUAAAUAAAAACAGCUAAAUCAAAAUAUUAUUUACAGCAAAGACAAAAAAACACUGUUUGGUCCACAUGGUUAAGCCCAUAUGACACUCUCACUAUAUGCGACACACAUCUCAUUGAAAACUAGAAAUACCCACUGGACUUAUUUUACUGUUGUACGUGAGUCAAUUAAAAGUAGGAGACCUCUGAACCGAGAUAAAGUGCAAUGUACGAGAGUGGUUUAUAUGACUCCACAGCAACGCCUGGACCAGUGCUUAGAUAAAGUAUUUUUUAUGGCAGUGGGACAUAAUAUCAGUUUGGAUGGAACACUGGGUUCAUGGUAUUUACUUUCACUUUGUUACAUAACUCCAAUGAGAUUCAUACACAGGGGUGUAUUCUACUUAAUGUAGGAAUAAAGUAAAGAUACAAUUAUAUUGUGUGCAUGUUUUUUUUAUUAUCAAUAAAUAUUUGUUCCCAUCCCUUUUAAAACAUAUUUUAUUCUUUGUUUGGAAUUUGUGUGGACGAUCGUCGUGUUGAAUGGGGAAGCGCGUGCACCGUUAUGUCCAAAAGGUGGCAGUGUUGAGUUUUAUAAUGUUACGGAGAGGCAUGACGAAUCUCCCCGCUACACCUUUCAUAUUUUCGGUCAAUUGUCUCUGAAGUUACAUCGUCAUACACAUAGGAAUAUUAGAUGUAACUAAUCAUUUAAAGUGAUUUUUAUAGAAGAAAAAACAUAGUGCCAUAAAGACUACUUAUCAUUGGAUACAAAAGUGACAAAGACAACAGUUACAAUAUCUCUAUUAAAUAUAGGUAAGUAAUUAUGAUACACUGUAGUUAAAAAAAAAAGUUAUGUAUCAAAUCGUAUCAACUUUGGAUUUAUUAAUAAUAGUAUUCUCUUCUCUCGGUAUGACCAGCACAGUGGUACCUAUAUGUUAAUUACGUUACAGUAUGCACGCGUCACAUAAUAUCACAGAUUUUUUAAACGUGUAUUAAUUGACAUAAAAGAGGAGAAUAGCAGUCAAAGAGUUCAGAGCCCGAGUCCCAGCUGACAGUCAGCUGACGGCUUUUGACAGUUGCGAAAAGUUUAGUUUCUGUCGGCCUACUAAUAUGUUAAUUAGCUCCCGGAGUGUGAGACCCUAUUGGCUCUUCGUCCGAGUCAAUUUCCUAUUCCCAGACUGACGUCAGGGCAGCUACAAUGCUCUUAAACUCAUCUGCUGUGUGAUCCCUCUAAAAUAUCGCCCUACCAGUGAGCGCCGUGUAACGCGCGAGGCUGCAUUGACUCCCCUACACGUUCGUCUUUUUCUUCCCCUUCUCCGCGUGCGCAAUGUAUUAAUGAAGAAACCGUUAAAGUGUUAAAUGUUUGAAAUACAAAACCGCCGAAUUCCAAAUGCUGAGAAGGGACCCCGCUACUCGUGCGCGCGGCACUGGUGUGUCUGUGCAAUAGACUCCGCAAAGAACAACUCCACUCUCACGCGCUGAGAAAAGGACGCUGAAAAAAAAAAGCUUCUUCUUUUUUUUCUUCUUUUUUUCUUCUUCUUCUUCAGAAUCAAGACAAAAACGCUUUAAAAAAUCCCCACUGGCUCACGUUUCUUUGCCAACCAACCCAGUUUGACAGCUGCUCUUCACCCCACUUGGAGGACUGUCAGCAGCAAGAGGAUGGCAUCAGAGCUGGCAAUGAGCAACUCCGACCUGCCCACCAGUCCCCUGGCCAUGGAAUAUGUUAAUGACUUCGAUCUGAUGAAGUUUGAAGUGAAAAAGGAGCCGGUGGAGCCCGAUCGCAACAUCAGCCAGUGCAGUCGCCUUAUCGCCGGGGGAUCCUUGUCUUCCACCCCGAUGAGCACGCCGUGCAGCUCGGUGCCCCCUUCUCCAAGCUUCUCGGCGCCCAGUCCGGGCUCGGGGAGCGAGCAGAAGUCACACAUAGAGGAUUUCUACUGGAUGUCCGGUUACCAACAGCAGUUGAAUCCAGAGGCGCUGGGCUUCAGCCCCGAAGACGCAGUCGAGGCGCUGAUCAACAGCAGUCACCAACUCCAGUCGUUCGAUGGCUACGCCAGGGGCCAGCAGUUUGCUGGCGCGGCCGGAGCAGGAGGCACCAUGGCCGGGGAAGAGAUGGGCUCCGCCGCGGCGGUGGUGUCGGCAGUCAUCGCCGCAGCCGCCGCUCAGAACGGAGGGCAGCACCACCACCACCACCAUCACCACCACAGCAACGGCCACCACCAAGCGCCCGGGGUCCAGUCCAACGGCACUUCUGGGUCAAUUCACCCACACAUGCGCUUGGAUGACCGGUUUUCAGACGACCAGCUGGUCAGCAUGACAGUGCGGGAACUCAACCGGCAGCUACGGGGGGUCAGCAAGGAAGAGGUGAUGAGAUUGAAACAGAAGAGGAGGACCCUAAAGAACAGGGGUUACGCGCAGUCCUGCCGGUACAAGCGAGUCCAGCAGCGGCACGUCCUGGAGGGGGAGAAGACGCACCUCGUCCAGCAGGUCGAUCACCUAAAGCAGGAGAUCUCCAGGCUGGUCCGGGAGAGGGACGCGUACAAAGAAAAGUAUGAUAAGCUCAUCAGCAACGGCUUCCGAGAAAAUGGAUCCAGCAGUGACAACAACCCUUCAUCCCCGGAGUUUUUCAUGUCAUCGAGAAAAUUCCUCCAUCUGUGAUUUCAAGCCCCCGUCCUCCGUGCCCUCCCUCCCCCCUCAGAAUCAAUCGACAGAGCAGUGAUGACAUCAGAGUGGCUGACCAAUCGUAUACGAAGACAGCUGCAAAGCACAACAUUCAAAAAUGACGUCACUAAAAAAAAAGACAAAACCCGCUGAGAUCCCUCGAAAUCCUUUCAGGGAAAUUUUUGCGAGCCUCUUACCUCUUUUCCUCCCUGAUAUUUUACCUCCAGCUUUUUUCUACAAAACACCAAAAAAAAGAAGAAAAAAUAAGGACAGACACAUACCCAUGAGAUGGUUGACAAUGUCCGAUAGAUACAUUUGAAGGACUAUUUUCUCUAAGGUGGGGAGAUCAUUGAUGCAUGCCUCUGUAAAUAGAUCAUAAUAAAACCCUAUUCUUAUUCCUAAUAUAGAAAACAUACCAAGUCGCUCUCACCAACUUCAUAAACCAUGACUGUGGAUAAAGUACUCAUGGUUCAAUUUUUUUCUCCAUAUGAAGUCAGUUUUCUUCUUACCUCCUCAGAGACCAUGUAAUUAUCACUUCCAAUAUAAUUUCUCUAGUCUUGGGAGUUAUUUGGACUGUAAACAUUGUACUUCCUAUUCUUCUUAUUCUCUUUACAUAACGGCCUAGUCUUCCUCUUAAAUAUCCACACUAGUACAUGUAAAUAGAGAUAAAUGAAGACAACAGCAUGGAACAGACUAGAGUGUUUAUUUACCACUUCCCCAACACAAAUGUCAAUAUGGGGAUUUUUCUGACAAAGUUGAAGAUACUUCUGAUCGUUAUAGAUAGUCCCAUGGGUCUGAACACGUUCCAGUGUAUUUAAAUAGAUACAUUAAGACAUUAGCUAUAGGUAAUGUUAUUAUUGAACAACCGUACGAAGAUUCUAAGGCAGCAGUAUUUUUGGUCUCAUCAAUCUGUUCCAGGAAGCAAAUGGUCACACUGAAGAGGAAAAGACCAACGCCACGAGUCUACCUGGGCACUGCUAAAUAUAUUCGUUUUAUAUUUCAUUGUUGAAUAUUAUUUAAACAGAGUGUCCUAUACCUACCGAUUUAUUCUCUUCCAUUGCAAUAAUUGCCCUCUCCCUCCCCAUGUGUGGGUUGUAGUGAAGCUGCUGUCAGCCUGAGAGCGGCAACUUUUCCUUUGCAUUGUUUUAAGCGGCGCUUCGAUCCUCAGCCUACACGUGGAACAAAAGAACACCUCAUUGAAUGCGAUGUAGACAUGGGUAUCCUCCAUCUUCUAUGGACUACGAAGAUA